AACAUGGCAACACCCCUUACUGAAAGUAAUGGACCAGUUCAGUGCCCUCUGACCUUUCAGAAAGACGCAGUGCGGCGAGGCUGACAGAUUUUUGUGAAGUCGUCAGAAUUUUCGGAGAUUUCGUCAUUUUCUAGCAUAUUCCUACCGUAUAUCGCCCCGGCUUUGGUGUUGUGCUGUGCCUGCUACACUAACAGAGAUGGGACGGCGCAAGUCAAAGAGGAAGCCAGAGGCCAGAAAGAAGCAGGACCCGCUGGAGACCCAGUUCACAUGUCCGUUCUGUAACCACGAAAAAGCAUGCGAAGUCAAGAUGGAUCGAACUCGGAACGUUGGCACGGUGACAUGUCGAGUCUGCCUGGAGGAUUUCCAGACUCCAAUUAACUACUUAUCAGAAGCAGUGGACGUCUACAGUGAUUGGAUAGAUGCCUGUGAAUCAGCCAAUCAGUAGAAGCAACAAAAAUUAAGAGCUUCCAUUGCAAGCUGAGAUGUGAUUGGACAGUUGCACAUCAAGAUAAACAAUGAACAUAAGGCUUUUGGUUUGAUACAGAGAAUGUGAUUGGAUGAGUCCACUACAGAGUACUAAUACAUGAUUGUGGAUUGUGUGAAAAACAAAAAUGGCUGUUCACUGUUGUAAUGUUAAUGAUUCUCAAAUUCUCAAUCCAAUCUUGAUACAUGUAGAUGUUUUAUGUUCAAAAUUGCACUGUCUGUAGCCAUAAGCAGGCCAGUAUGUAUUUUCAUCAAGAAUAACUCAAGUCAACUGCUCAUUCUGAUGCAAGCUCUACAUAAAAUGUUAGGUAUAGGUUAUGAUAGAGAGACGUUAGAAGCCGUAUGUAGAAUGAAGCAUUUUACAUAAGAUUUUUGGUGAAAGUUGCUUGUAAAAUGUAUGCUAUUAGUUUUGCAACAGAACAAAAAGUGAGGGUUAUAAAAAGUAACAAGAAAGUCCAUGAAAAAUUAUGGCUGCUGAACAAGUGUCCAUAUUUUCUAUGAUGUUACAUACCUUCAUAUGUACAGUUAGUGAAAGCAAAUUUUGUUUAGCUUUUGUGAAUUGUUCAAGCCUGAAAAAUUUUGCCAUGGCACCUUUUUAAAUAAAAGGUUACGAAGUCUUUGAAACAAUAUGAGGUCCAUAAAGGAAACAAUUUAUUUAGAUACAUUUUCCAUCUACAUCUGCAUCUUGUGCAAGUAGAUAAGCCUGGAAGAAUGUUCCAUCUCUUAUUCCAUGUACAUCAGUGUGAAAAGUAAAUACACCAUACUGAUAAACUCCAA